AUGGCACUUAUCCGCUACAGUCGCGAGGAACUUCUUCGUUUCAAGGAUUCCCCUCUUGCACAGAAACCCGACGGACUGCCGUCGAUAGAGCAAUGGAUGGAACCCUCGGAACAGGCCCAAAGGACGAAGCGGACUCAGGGUAGUAGAGGCGAUGAACAGGCCACCAACAAUGAGAACGGUCAGCAGCGCCCUUCGCUCUUGGGUAUGAAACCUCUUCACAGGACAACGAGUGCGCAUUCAGAAGACGUCUUGCUCGGUCCUUCGAAGGCCACAUUCACAUCCGCGUCCCGCAUCAAGACCUUUGCAGACCUCAGUGACAAGGGCGCUAACGAUGAUGACUCUCUAGGCAGGGAUCGCGCUAAGGAUCGCAUGAACCUUGGAGGCAUGGGUCGCUUUGGACGGGAUAAGGACAAUGAUAGAUUACGUGACAGGAGUGGAGCUACCAAUGGCCGCCAGGAAGGCGAAAGCUGGAACACGGCCCGAUCACGCAAGAGCUUGGGUCUUCCGGAGGAGGGCGACAGAGUGCAGAAGAAUGGGGAUCGAGACAGAGAGCGGUGGAGGCCCGAAGCUGACACUGACGCGAACGCAGACGCAGUGCGUCGCAAUGGCAUGGCCAAGGCUCGGUUUGAGCAGCCGUGGGGGCGCGAGGACAGCGCCGCCAAAGAGGGAGAUGGUAGCAAGAUCGGUGCAGCAAGAACUGGAUGGCGCGACCGUGAGCGCGGCGCCGGCCGGCAGUGGGGUAGUCAACCGGUCGAAUCGGAUCCUGAAUGGAUGGACUCACAAGCGAGUGACGAGAAGAAGAAGGUCCACACGCAGGAAGAUUUUCAGAAGUGGAAAGAGCGGAUGAAAGCUGGCAAUGCAACAGGCGAGGAGAAGACAGAGCCUGAAGAGCCGCUGCAGGUCCCCAGAGAGAGUACCACCGCGAAGCCUUCGAAGCCAGUCACCCCUCUGGCGCUAGAGGGUGGUCAAGAGCAGUGGUUCGGCAAAUGGGGUGAUAUGAAGAAGCCAGACUCCACCACGCCGGAUUCUACGCCAGUAUCCAAGCCUCAGCAGACCAAGGCGAAAGCUUCUAGGUUCAAGGGUUUCUUUGCCCCUGCGGAGACUCCCACUGCAGCAGACAGUCCUACCGCCCCGCCUGACACCGCGCCUACAGCAGCGCCGAGCAGCCCUCCGCCUGCUGCGAUAUCCAACGAUGAGGACCGCGCUGGAUUCGAUCGAAUUCUAUCGAUGCUCUCCGGCACGACCUUAGGUGCCCAAUCUCCACAAUCACAAAUGACUGCUGCGCCAAAACAGCUCGACUUCUUCGGAAAUGAAGCAAAACCAUCGGUACCACCUGGCUUGAGCCAACACCACCGAAUGGAUGGCCCAGAUUUGGGUCGCGUCAGCUUGCCACGUUCACGUGAGGAGCGUGCCGCAUUUGUUGACGCAGCUCUUGCCCCUCGAGCGGCUCAAGUAGAACCAAAACCCAAACAGUUCUUUCCUUUCUCACUCGCCGAGCAAGGGCUGGACGGGACGCACCCUUCGCGUCCCGAAUUCGAAGCUUUCGGCGGCGCUCGACUGGAAGAGCCGACGCCUCGCAAGGAUGCGAUACAUGAUGUUCUCAACGCUCAGCGCUUACACGGUCAGCCGGGACCUCAAUCUCUAGGCUUGGAUAACAACCGUCAAUUUCUGCUCGACCUCAUGUCACAAACACGCGGGCCUGCCUCUCAGCCACCCAACCCCAACUUCAUUCCGCUCCAGCCUCGGUCCAAUCCCCUCGACGCAUUAUCGAGCAUGGAGAGGAGUACUCGCCGAGCCCCAGACCCCGAAGACAUGCCACCGCAGUAUAAACAACCUACUCAAGAUAACAUGCGCGAGAUGCUCGCCCGCCGCCAAACCAACCCCUUCCCCCCACAAAUGCGCGACGUAGCUCCCAAGCGCCCGCCACCCAGCUUCUAUGAUGAUCCCUCUCUCGCCACGCUCCAGCGCCACAGCACCAAUGAACAACCCCGUCCCCAGAUCACCAACAUGGGCAUCCCUCAACACCCGCCUACCCUCGACCACCAAUACAUGAUGAAGCCACCGCCCGGUAUCGGCGGACAGCAGCAAGACCGACCUCUCGCUCCGCCACCGGGCUUCGGCCCACCACCGCAAAGCCACCGUCAACCUCCCAGUUUCGCAAACCCGGCACUGUCCUUUGCGCAAGGCAACCCGUCCUUCGGCGCGCCGCAGCCGCAGCAGCAGCCACAGCUCCCCCAGCCGCAGCAGCAGCGCGGAAUGGCCCUACCGCACAUGUAUGGCGGCCACAUGCCGCCACAGGGGCCUCCAGGUUUUUUCGGCGUUGCUAACAGCGCGAUGCAGGGACCGAUGCCGCCGGGAUUCGGUGGACAGCGCCAUCAAGAGGCGUUUUUGAUGCAGCAGGGGCAUGGGAUGGGCGGCAAGGACGCUUAUGGUGGCUUAGGUAGUAUGGAACAGGCGUUGCUGGAGGAGUAUCGAUUGAGGGGCGGUGGAAGGCCGCAAGGCGGGUUUGGGAUGUGA